AUGGUUGCCUUCAGCUCUCUCGUCCUCGGCCUCACCGCCAUCGCCGGCUCUGCCUACGCCGCACCCACUGCCGAUGUCCCUGACUUCGAGCUCGGCGGCAAGGGCCUCGCUGCCCGCCAGGACUACAACCAGAACUACAAGACCUCUGGCAACGUCCAGUUCUCCCCCACCAACAACGGCUACAGCGUCAACUUCUCCAACGCUGGCGACUUCGUCGUAGGAAAGGGCUGGAGCAAGGGCACAACCCGCAAUAUCAACUUCCAGGGUUCCACCUCCCCCUCUGCCGGAACUGUCCUCGUCUCCGUCUACGGCUGGACCACCGGUCCCUUGAUUGAGUACUACAUCCAAGAGUACACCUCCAACGGUGCCGGUUCCGCCCAGGGCACCAAGAUGGGCCAGGUCACUUGCGACGGCUCCGUCUACGACAUCUGGAAGCACACCCAGGUUAACCAGCCUUCCAUCCAGGGCACCACUACCUUCACUCAGUACAUUAGCAACCGUGUUAACAAGAGGCCCGGCAGCGGCACUGUUACCACCAAGUGCCACUUUGAUGCUUGGGCCAAGCUCGGCAUGAACUUGGGUCAGCACAACUACCAGACUCUCUCUACUGAGGGCUGGGGCAACGCUGCUGGAAGGUCCCAGUACACCAUCACUGGCUCAUAG